AUGGAAAAUCAACCCCGAAGAGAAGUUGGGUUGAACUUGAAUGAUAUUGUUGGUGAUCCGGGAAAACGCAAGCCAAUUGAAGAGUUCGAUGUUUCAAUUCGAGAUAGAGUGCGAAGAGAGUACUUGAAUAUGGGCCCUUGUCAACCAAUUGGACAUAAGUAUGAAAAAAAGAAAUAUGGUAAUCAAGAAAGAAGUUUUCAAGAUAUUUGGUUUAAAAGGUAUACAUGGUUAGAGUAUAGUGUAUCAAAGGAUGCAACUUUUUGCUUUUGGUGCUACCUUUUCAAGAAAUCGGAUAAAGGGGGUCGACAAUCAGAUGAUGCUUUUACAAAGACAGGUUGUAGCAACUGGAAAAAUGCAUUAGAAAGAUUCAAUUAUCAUGUUGGAGGAGUGAAUAGUUGUCAUAAUAAUGCUAGAAUUCAGUUCGAAGCUUUUCAAGAUCAAAGGAACAGUGUGGCAAGUAUAUUACGGUCAAAUACCCGUGAGAUGGAAGUUGCAUAUCGCAUUCGGUUGACAGUCUCAUUGAAUGUGACUCGGUUUCUCUUAAAGCAAGGAUUAUCUUUUCGUGGACAUGAUGAGUCAAGUAGUUCUUCAAAUCGAGGUAAUUUUAUUGAGUUGCUUUUAUGGUUUAGUGAACUUAACGAUGAUGUAUCCAAAACUUUGUUUGCAAAUGCUCCUGCUAACAAUCAAAUGAAUUCACAACGAAUUCAAAAGGAAUUAGCAAACGCUUGUGCUUCAGAGGUUACACUUGCCAUAGUUAAUGAUAUUGGAGAUAAAGUUUUCACUCUUUUGGUUGAUGAGGCUCGAGACGUUUCAAUGAAGGAGCAGAUGGGAGUUGUUUUAAGAUAUGUGAAUAACGAAGGAUAUGUGAUUGAGCGAUUUAUUGGAAUCGUGCAUGUAACUGACACUUCCUCUCAUACUUUGAAAUGUGCUAUUGAUGAUUUAUUGGUGAAGCAUAAUUUAUCUCUAUCUAAAGUGAGAGGGCAAGGAUAUGAUGGAGCUUCUAAUAUGAGGGACCAACUUAGGCAGUUGCAACAUGACAGAUUAGUUGAACAACUUAAUGAUGGAGAAGUCAUAAGUGGAAGAGGUAAAAAUCAAGAAACUAGUUUGGUAAGGCCUGGAGAUACUCGUUGGGGCUCACAUUACUUUACAUUGCUUCGUCUAUGCUCUAUGUGGUCUUCGGUUGAGAAAGUGUUGGAAGUUGUACGUGACGAUGCUACUCUCCGUGAUAACAGAAGUACCACUGAAGGAUUGAUUGAAAGGAUGGAUAACUAUGAGUUUGUUUUCACUUUGCAUUUGAUGAAACAUUUAUUGGGAAUAACCAAUGGCGGCAUCGAGCUCUUGUGA